UCCUAGGGUUAACACUGGGAAUUGGCGCCAGCACUUGGGGAGUUUCCGUAAACAAGAGUCCUGACCAAGGCGUCACUUUCUGAGGGAACCGCACAAUUAAUGCGGGGAGCGGACAUCCAAGAAGUCGCGGCUCUACCAGUUUUGAGGCAAUGAAUCUAUUUGGGGCAGUUCAAAACAUAAAAUAUCAAUGCUGAUGGGACAAAAUCCAAUAUGAAUGUGAGUGAUGUUGGAGGAAGACGACGCUUUGAGGACAAUGAACACACAUUACAUAUUUAUCCUGGGACAAUUGCAGAAGGGACCAUCUACUGUGCAGUCCCAGCCAGAAAAAACUCAACUGCUGCUGAGGUGAUAGAUGCUCUUAUUAAUAGACUCCAACUUGACAAAACAAAAUGUUAUGUUCUAGCCGAAGUGAAAGAAUUUGGUGGGGAAGAAUGGAUACUCAACCCAACAGACUGUCCGGUUCAGCGAAUGAUGAUGUGGCCACGGAUGGCCUUAGAAAACAAAUUGAGUGGGGAGGAUUAUCGAUUUCUUCUGAGAGAAAAAAAUCUUGAUGGCUCAAUCCAUUAUGGCAGUCUUCAAUCAUGGCUCCGUGUUACAGAAGAGCGUCGGAGGAUGAUGGAACGAGGUUUCCUUCCUCAGCCACAGCAGAAGGAUUAUGAUGAUUUAUGUAGUUUACCGGACUUAAAUGAGAAAACACUUCUAGAAAACCUCCGAAACCGCUUUAAACAAGAAAAAAUUUAUACCUAUGUUGGUAGCAUCCUGAUAGUUAUUAAUCCAUUUAAGUUUCUCCCUAUUUACAAUCCUAAAUAUGUCAAAAUGUAUGAUAACCAUCAACUGGGAAAGCUUGAACCCCACAUUUAUGCUGUGGCAGAUGUAGCCUAUCAUGCUAUGCUUCAGCGCAGAAAGAACCAAUGCAUUGUUAUAUCAGGGGAAAGUGGUUCUGGGAAAACACAGAGCACAAACUUUCUCAUUCACCAUCUUACAGCUCUUAGCCAAAAGGGAUUUGCCAGUGGAGUGGAACAGAUAAUUCUUGGAGCUGGACCAGUACUUGAGGCUUUUGGAAAUGCAAAGACAGCACAUAAUAACAACUCAAGUCGCUUUGGCAAGUUUAUUCAAGUAAAUUACCAGGAGACUGGAACUGUCCGAGGAGCUUAUGUUGAAAAAUAUCUGUUGGAGAAAUCUAGAUUAGUCUAUCAAGAACACAAUGAACGGAACUACCAUGUAUUCUAUUACUUACUGGCAGGAGCAAGCGAAGAAGAAAGGGCAGCAUUCCAUCUUAAGCAGCCUGAAGAGUAUCAUUACCUCAACCAGAUGACAAAGAAACCCCUCAGACAGAGCUGGGAUGAUUAUUACUAUGACUCUGAACCGCAGGACUGCUCCAUUGUUGAUGGGGAGGAUUUGAAGCAUGAUUUUGAACGAUUACAGCUGGCAAUGGAAAUGGUGGGAUUUCUUCCCAAAACCCGUAGACAAAUUUUCUCUCUUCUCUCAGCAAUAUUACAUUUGGGUAAUAUCUGUUACAAAAAGAAGACAUAUCGAGAUGAAUCCAUAGAUAUCUGUAAUCCUGAAGUAUUGCCUAUUGUCUCAGAAUUACUAGAAGUGAAAGAAGAGAUGCUAUUUGAAGCAUUAGUUACCAGGAAGACUGUUACUGUGGGUGAGAAGCUUAUUUUACCAUAUAAACAGGCAGAGGCUAUAACUGUGAGGAACUCCAUGGCAAAAUCUUUAUAUAGUGCCCUUUUUGACUGGAUAGUUUUUCGAAUUAAUCAUGCACUUUUGAACACCAAGGACUUAGAAGAGAGUACCAAGACGUUGUCCAUUGGAGUACUUGAUAUAUUUGGAUUUGAAGAUUAUGAAAGCAACAGCUUUGAACAAUUUUGUAUUAACUUUGCUAAUGAGCGUUUACAGCACUACUUUAAUCAACAUAUAUUUAAAUUGGAGCAGGAAGAAUAUAGAACUGAAGGUAUCAGCUGGCACAACAUAGACUAUAUUGAUAAUAGUGGCUGCAUAAAUCUAAUUAGCAAGAAGCCAACAGGACUCCUCCACCUGCUGGAUGAAGAAAGCAAUUUUCCACAGGCUACAAACCAGACGCUGUUGGAUAAGUUUAAGCGCCAGCAUGAAGGAAACUCUUAUAUUGAAUUUCCAGCAGUGAUGGAGCCUGCCUUUAUCAUAAAACAUUAUGCUGGAAAAGUGAAAUAUGGUGUAAAGGAUUUCCGAGAGAAAAAUACAGACCAUAUGCGACCAGAUAUUGUUGCUCUUCUACGAAGUAGCAAGAAUGCCUUUAUUUGUGGAAUGAUAGGAAUUGACCCAGUGGCUGUUUUUCGCUGGGCAAUUCUUCGAGCUUUUUUCAGAGCCCUGAUUGCAUUCAGGGAGGCUGGAAAGAGAUAUAUUCAGAAGAAAAUUGGGAAGGAUGAUGCAGGACCAUGUGCGGUUUUGAAAAGUGUGGAUAGUUUUAGCUUUCUCCAUCACCCAGUCCAUCAAAGGAGCUUAGAGAUUCUUCAGAGAUGCAAGGAGGAGAAGUACAGUAUAACUAGGAAAAACCCCAGAACACCUCUUUCUGAUCUCCAAGGUGUGAACACUCUUAAUGAGAAAAGCCAACGUGACACUUUUGGCAUUGACUGGAAUGGCAGGACUAGCAUCCGACCAAGCAAACUGUCAAGCUGCAGCUCCUUGCUGGACAAAGAUGGAAUAUUUAUUAAUUCAACUAACAGCAAGCUUCUGGAGAGGGCCCAUGGCAUUCUCAUGAGAAACAAGAACUUUAAACCUAAACCUGCUCUUCCAAAACACUUGCUGGAGGUAAAUUCUUUAAAGCACCUGACCAACCUGACCCUGCAGGAUCGCAUCACUAAGUCCCUCCUUCAUCUGCACAAGAAGAAGAAGCCCCCUAGUAUAAGUGCCCAAUUUCAGGUAUCGCUAAACAAAUUAAUGGAAACACUUGGUCAAGCAGAACCAUAUUUUGUCAAGUGCAUUCGGUCUAAUGCUGAAAAGCUUCCUUUAAGAUUCAGUGACCCAUUGGUACUUAGACAGCUGCGGUACACAGGGAUGCUGGAAACAGUUCGAAUUCGUCAGUCAGGAUACAGCUGCAAAUAUUCUUUCCAGGAUUUUGUGGAUCAUUUCCAUGUUCUUCUCCAGCGUGACACUAUUCCUUCAAAAUUUAACAUCCAAGAUUUCUUCAGAAAAAUAAAGCUUAGUCCCAAAAAUUAUCAAGUUGGAAAAACCAUGGUAUUCCUGAAAGAACAAGAGCGCCAGCACUUACAGGACUUGCUACAUCAGGAAGUGCUCCAGCGGAUUAUACUGUUACAGCGAUGGUUCCGGGCCAUGCUUUCUAGACAGCAUUUCCUCCAUCUGAGGCAGGCAGUCGUCAUCCUGCAGCGAUCCUGGCGAAAUUACUUGAGUAGGAAGCACGCUGAAGGCAAAGAUGUCCAGACUGAUGCUCUGGUUGUGAAUAAUGCAGCAGCUGUUCUCCAGGCUGCUUGGAGGGCUUACUGGGGGAGGCGGCAGUACCUGCAGAUGCGGACAGCAGCUUCCAUCAUUCAAGAAACAUGGCGGGAGCACUGCAGACGAAGGCAUGCUGCUGCCACCUGCAUCCAGGCAGGAUGGAGAGGCUACUGGAAAAGCAAACUGUACAAGGAACAGAGAAACAAAAUUAUCCUGUUACAGGCAGCAUGCCGAGGAUUCAGAGCCAGGCAAAGAUUUAGAGCUUUGAAAGAACAGAGAUUAAAAGAAACAAAAUUGAAAAAUGGAUUAGCAAUUAAAGAGAAUACUCUAGAGAUUCGGGGUUCAGACCCUUCCAAAUGGGAGGAUGGAUCAUUUGAAGAAAGAAUGAAAGCUGUAGAAGAAUACAGAUUUGUAGUAGAAAAUAAUCGGAUUGGUCAUGCUAAUUCAGUGGACAUAUCUGAGGACUUACCAUGCAAACAACAAGAGAGAGCUAUUAGCCAAAGUAGUGUGGACUUGGAGCAAGAUGUAAUUGUAAGACAGAGACGCAAGUCAUUAGAGGAUCUCAAUCAAAAAAAAGUAGGAAGAGCAAAAAGAGAAAGCCGGAGAAUGCGUGAAUUGGAACAGGCAAUAUUUAGCUUAAAAUUACUUAAGGUCCGUGGUGGGAUUUCUCCUUCAGAAGAGCGUAGAUGGUCCACAGAACUGAUUUCUGAGGGCCUACGAUCAUCACAAGGAAGCCCUGAGAGUGAAAGUUCUCAGGAAAGCUUAGAACUUUUAAGUUUUGAAGAGAAUCCAAAAAACAAACCAGAUUCAGUGUUUUCAAAUGAGGAAGACAUACAUAUUCCCUCACCUAAGGUACAGAAAGGCUUACCCCAUGAUCCAAGUUUUGAUUUACAAGAAAAUACUCCCAUUGUAGCAGAUGAGAAUAGUAAUAUAUUUAUUAGAAAGAGGACACCCUCCAAUUCAGAGUUCUCAGAGAGUGUUGCCAGAAAAGACAGGAAAGACUGUGAUUCUCAGACUAUUACCUAUAAGCCACAAUUCAGAGAGACCUUCAUCUCAAAUAGUCUACCAACUUUCUAUAUACCACCACAAAAUCCUACAAAAGUCAGUCCUGAGUUUGGGACAGGUACUUUGAAAAACUUAGCAUCAGGAAGUGAAGAAAAGUCAGGGACAGCUGUUACCUUGGAUAUAGACAAAGAAAGCAGAAAACACCACUGCCUGGAGGAAGAUAGGACAGCAGCAUCCAUGAAUGUUGACUCUUCUAAUACUGUACUUAAGAAGUUGGAAAGGCUGAACAUGGAAAAGGAAGAAAGGCAAAAGCAACUGCAGCAACAAAAUGAAAAAGAAAUGAUGGAACAGAUUCGCCAGCAGAAGGACAUUCUGGAACGGGAGCGAAAAGCUAUCAAGAAUAUCGAAAUUCCAUGGAAAACAGAGUCUUCCCUGACAAAGCCUGUCAGACCAUCAAAACAAACAGUUGAAAGACCACAGUCUCUUCUCAUAAACCCUACAAACAGGGAAGAACAGAAUUUGCCUGGACCUUUGACAGUAACUAUUAAAGGUCUCACUGUUAGCCCAAAAGGAGGUACCCCUGAUGAAUCAGUUCAAAGGGACCGACCUGUCACAAUGUUCUUUGAAGGUAAAGAAAGCCAAAGACAGCUAGGUAUUCCACAGGUUAGAACCGAGGGUUGGAACACUAAACUGAAUGUAGCUUCCAAGGAGCUGCAUUCCCACGAGGGAAGGACCAAAGCUAUUUUCUUCACACCAAAGGACCAUUUGGGUCUCUCAUAUUUCAGUAAGGAAUAUUUAAGCCAUGGAAAUAAUCAACUCCAUACAAGAGGUGAACCACCUGGGAAGCCUGUGAAAUUUACUGGGCCAGGCAGAGGAGAGCAGGUUGCCAGACCGGCCCAUAAAAAGAAAGCUCGCAUGGCGCGGACGCGCUCCGAUUUCUUGACUAGAGGUACUUUUGCUGAUGGGGAGGGGGAUACAGAGGAAGAUGAUUACGAUGACAUUAUUGAGCCCCUUCUACCCCCUCACCAAGCUUCUCACCCUGAGCCAGGGCCUUCAGCAAGCCUGGGGCAGGCUUAUCACAGUGACUCGGAAAUGACUUUGCAGCGUUUUGCUUCAUCAGAAAGCCAAACAAAACUCCAUAAAACCAUGUCUCAAGGAGAGAUUACAAAUUUAGCAUCUGUACAGAAGACUUCAGUUGCUGAUGGAAGACCACAAAAAGCAAAGAUGAGAUUCUGGGCAAAAGGGAAACAGGGGGAUAAGAAGGCUUCCAGAGAAAGGCUGGCUCCUCAGGCAGAGUUGUUAGAGUUUUCUGCUGAUCCAGAGCCAGGUGGCAUUGAUAUGUUUCCUGUCCUCCACCAUCCUGAAGAAAUAGGUCCCCAUGAUCCAACACCCCCUAGGAGCCCAGACUUAUCAGGAAAUUGUAAGAAAGAAUUCAAAGAGAACAAAGACCCUUCUCCAAAGGCAAAGCGCAAACGCAGUGUGAAGAUAAGUAAUGUUGCUCUGGAAUCUGUCCAGUGGCAAAAUGACUCUGUCCAAAUAAUAACAAGAGCCAGUGACUUGAAGAGCAUGGAUGAGUUUCUUCUAAAAAAGAUGAAUGAUUUGGAUAAUGAGGACAGCAAGAAGGAUACAUUAGUGGAUGUUGUAUUUAAAAAAGCAUUGAAAGAAUUUCGGCAAAACAUUUUCAGCUUUUACUCAUCGGCAUUGGCAAUGGAUGAUGGGAAAAGCAUUCGGUACAAAGACCUGUAUGCCCUGUUUGAACAAAUUCUAGAGAAGACUAUGAGACUUGAGCAACGGGAUUGGAGUGAAUCCCCAGUUAAAGUUUGGGUUAACACUUUUAAAGUCUUCCUAGAUGAGUACAUGACUGAGUUCAAGCUUUUGGAUUGCAUUGCUACAAAGGUGCCAAAAACAGAAAGGAAAAAGAGAAGGAAAAAAGAAGCUGAUUUUGUGGAAGAACAUAAUGGGCACAUCUUUAAGGCCACCCAAUAUAGUAUCCCUACCUACUGUGAGUACUGUUCUUCCCUUAUAUGGAUAAUGGACAGAGCUUCUGUUUGCAAAUUAUGCAAGUAUGCCUGCCACAAAAAGUGCUGCUUGAAAACUACAGCCAAGUGCUCUAAAAAGUAUGAUCCAGAACUUUCAUCUCGACAGUUUGGGGUUGAACUGUCUAGAUUAACCAGUGAAGAACGAACUGUUCCACUAGUGGUAGAGAAGCUAAUAAACUACAUUGAAAUGCAUGGAUUGUAUACAGAGGGUAUUUACCGAAAAUCUGGCUCAACUAAUAAAAUCAAGGAGCUUCGUCAAGGUCUAGACACUGAUCUUGACAGUGUAAAUCUAGAUGACUACAACAUUCAUGUCAUUGCCAGUGUGUUCAAACAAUGGCUUCGAGAUUUGCCCAAUCCUCUUAUGACCUUUGAACUCUAUGAGGAAUUUCUGAGAGCAAUGGGUCUGCAAGAAAGAAAGGAGACCAUCCAUGGUGUAUAUUCUGUGAUUGAUCAGCUAUCCCGAACACAUCUUAACACUCUAGAACGCCUUAUCUUCCAUCUGGUCAGGAUUGCACUACAGGAGGAAACCAACCGCAUGUCUGCUAAUGCCUUAGCCAUUGUGUUUGCUCCCUGUAUUCUCCGUUGCCCAGACACAACUGACCCACUACAGAGCGUGCAGGACAUCAGCAAAACAACCACCUGUGUGGAGCUGAUUGUUGUAGAACAGAUGAACAAAUAUAAGGCCCGUCUCAAAGACAUCAAUAGUCUGGAGUUUGCUGAGAACAAGGCCAAGACCAGGCUGUCCCUGAUCCGAAGAUCAAUGAAACCUGUACUAAUUGCAGUUAGAUUUAUGAGCAUAACCCGCAAUUCAAUCCCGGGUAAAGGACGUAUUCGUAAGGGAAACCACCCAAAUCCAUCAUCUCCUGUUGCAGUCCGGCUACCUUCCAUGUCUGAAGUUCCAGAAGAAACUGUGACUAAUGAGGAAGCCACAGAGGUGGAUGUCACAGAGCAACAACAGGCAGCCAUGCAGCAGGAAGAGAGAGUCCUGACUGAGCAGAUUGAGAACUUACAGAAAGAAAAAUGUCCUGUGAGCAACAAGAGGCUGACCAGGGAGAAAGACAGCCUGCCAAAUGUAAACCAGUUCUUGGCUGGAAAGGAGUGGGAGGAAUGGGAGGAACUAACAUUUGAGAUGCUUGCCUUAGAACCACGGGCCUCAGAUGAUGAAACACUUGAGUCUGAAGCCUCAAUUGGGACUGCUGAUAGCUCUGAGAAUUUGAACUUUGACUCUGAAGGAGCUUUCUCUGAUAAAUCAGAGAAAAGUUUAGCACUUGGCUCCCUGAAGCCUCCUAAGGCCGAAUCUUCAACUAAGUUUCGAAGGCAGCUGAAAAAACAACAGGAAUCUCUGGAUUCAGUGGACUUUGCUGUUUCCUCUCUAUCUCCAUACAGUGUAGUCUCUUCUCAUGGAACCAGAAAGCGAUUUCAGAUUCAUUCCAAAUCCCCCUUCUACCGAGCUGCUUCAGUUGGUGAGACUCCCGAGUCCCGACUAGUGGUUGAAAGUUCCCUGUGCCAGGCCAGGACCCUGGAGGAUAGGCCUCAGUUCAUUAGCCGAGGCACAUUCAACCCUGAAAAAGGCAAACAAAAACUCAAGAAUGUGAAAAACUCACCCCAGAAAACCAAAGACCUCCCAGAGGGGACAUUAGGGGCAAGUCACAAAAGAAAUGUGGAUCCUGACUGUGGUGCUACCCAGCAACAGAUUCUUUAUGGGAACAGCAAAGAGUUCAUGGUCUGAUCCAGCAGGCGCAUAUCCCCUCACUGCCACAGAGUGGUGGCAGCAUCUCAUCUUUGGGGUUUUCCCCUGUCAUGACGCUCACUCAUAGCCGUCCAUCCUAGGCACCAUCAUCAGCAACUGUCCCGCCUCCUGCCUGAGCAAAAGCAGCCGUUGCUGGCUUGGAUCCCCAGCCUCCUAGUGGGAUAGUGGAAAGGAGGAGCCAAACGGGCUCAGCAAAACCUGCUGGGAAGAGUUGCAGCUGGGGCGUUAGCUGUUCUUAACUUGGGGGAACUCAGAACCUGCCAGGGUUUAUUCUUUGAACUGGUGUCCAAAGAACUACAGAAGGCUUGCCCAGUUAGCUCUGUGGGGCUUUGCCUUUGCCUCUUCUCCCUCCUCUGCAGAAAUCCACCACCUGAGUUGGAGUGAGAGAUGGGGCGCAAAGGCAGGCAGAGUGGUGUGGCGGGCCUCUUGGACCAACCGGUUGAUGGUUGACCCAUAAGGAAUAGUUCUGUUCUUCUUGACCUUAAAGGCAAAGGUUAUAGUCUUGGAUAUAUUUGGGAGUACUUAGAGGCUAUAGCUGAUUUAAAUUUUCCCAAGGACUUAUAACAAACAAAUGAAGCUCUUCACUCCUAACUAUUUAUAAUGCACUCUACAUUGUUGUCAAGUGGAAAUUACAAAGCUCUCAUUUCCAUUAAGCAUUCAGAGCAUGUCUCACACACUAUAGGGUUAUGCAAUGAAAGAAGAGAUUAUUUUAUUUUAUUUUGUUAAGAUGUCAAAAUAACCAAUGCCAGUUUGACUCCUGGUUGGUUUGCGCCAAAUACACAAGUGUGCCGAGUGUUCAAUAGCCAUACAACUCCCGUGUUCCCUGGGCGCAAAGAACCAGGUUCCUCUAAUUUUUUUUUAACAUUUUAUUAGAUCUAUGAUCCCUAGACUUUAAAGCUACAUCAUAAUCCCUCUUGUGUUGCUCCAUAUCCGUUGAUCAUCAAACAAGAAACAGCAUAUACAACUCACUCUGCUGGAAAAUCAUCAGGAAAGGCUCCACCCCCACCCCCAAAAGUGUGACUGUUUAAUUAUAUCUUCCAAAACAUCCAUAUGCAAUAGUGCAUGAAUAAAUGUUACAAAAAGCUGCCAAAAGGAAAAUACUAUUUUUAAAAUGUGACCCAACUAACUUUUCUCUCUUUUUCCUCAGACCAUCAGUAUUAAACAGAUAAAAAAAAAAUCAAGGACUACUUGAAGCUAUUUUUAUUAAUCUUCUGGUUGCUGAAGUUUACUGUAAAUAUAUAUAUAUAUAUAUAUUAUAUAUACAUACAUACAGAAAUAGAUGUGUAUGCGCGCGUGUGUGUGUGUAUGUCUUUUUAAACUCUUUUUCCAUGGAAUCUUUUCCCACAGAGAAGAGCAGGGGAGAAGCAAUGGGCCAUCAGAACUGAAGUUAAAAUUCUCUUGUUCAUGUGUUUGGGGAAAGCAAUGCCGUUUUUCACCACAGAGGGUCCCCAUACACCUCAUGAUGAGCUCUCAUCCUAAGCUUCUUGGCAUUUGUGAGAUUCUAAAACUUGUCUUUGCUAUUUAUAAUGUGUGAGAAAUGAAGGUAUGCUCGCCUGGCUGAACUGUGACACCCUUUCUUGAGAUAUGUGAAAAUGUUAUUUUUGAAGUUCCUGAUGCAGUUUCUCUAAUUACCAUCUGCACUGUUCUGAGAAAGAGAAUUUGCCAUCCUUAACCUUAAUGUCUGGGUUGGUUUAUUCCUAACACUGCCUUGUGACGUGUCGUAAGUCAGCUCCAAAUAAUCUAAAUAUUAAGCCCUUCUGUGAGACAGAGUCUCUCAGGUCACACAGCAUUCCGCGUUAACACCAUUUAAAACCAACAUACUGCUGGUUGGUUGUGCGUAAGCUGCACAACAAAGAUGGCAUUCUUUUGGACCAACAGGCCUAAGGCAUCAUUCUGCUACAGUUAAUAGUAGACUUUCUGACCAGCUGUUCUUCUGUGCUCUAAAUGGUUUCUGCUAGGGAUAGGAAGACUUCAGAUUCCGGAGUAGAAUAACCGUAGGAUUGAAUAUCAGAUUUGUCCCUAUUAUUUUAAAGUUCACAUUUUUCAGCAUAUUGUAGAGCUGGACAUGGAGUAGGUGAAAGAUGGGAAACAAGUUCUAGUCUUGCACAGUAGCAGAGAUGGGUUCUCUAAGCAUCAUUCUAGAAGUACUUCUGUUUUAAAGCUCUCCAUAGAGUACCCUUUCUUGUCAGGUUCAGUAGAAAUAAAUUUGGGAGCUUUUUCACAUGAGGAAAAUUUCCUCAUGGGCCAAUCUCACCUGACUGGCUCUCCCUUCCCCACCCUCUAGCUCUGUAUACAUUGGAUCUCUUUAUGAGUGGGAUGCUGGAGAAAGAGAAGGGGUUACUAACUGUAUUUUAUUGCUCCUAAUCUACCUUAUGUAAUCAGCUCGGACUUACAUUCCAGGGGGUUACCCAUCUGAAGCUAUUUUUCUUUGAAAGAUUAAAAUUUUACACAAAAAUAUCUCGUCAUUUUAUAGGAAGAGGUUAAUAGCAAAUAAGAGAACUUAUAGUUUUUUUCUCAGGGACCUCAGUCUUCAUUUUGGAUCAAAUAAUAAAGCAUUCCUUAUUAUUGAAAGAUUUAUGGUUUUUUAAAAUAACCAACCAGAAUUAUUAGUAGGGAAUGGUGUUUGAGAGACUGGAAAAUAAGGCUUUCUUGUAGGCAACCUAGAAACAAUCUUCCUAGGAAAGAAAGACUCUGUAUUGACCAUUAAAGAGGUAUGCUGGUGGUGAUACCACAACUACUUAGCUUUCUUUUGCCUAAUUUUUCAGUAAGAAGUAGAGUCUGGUUUAAAAGCUAUAUAUACUCAUUAGUUUCCACCUUUUAAUUGACAGAUCAAUAAUCAGGCAGAUUAUGUUGAAAUUUCAUUUUAAAAUAAUUUUGUGACCACAAAAUUUUGUCUAUCAGUAUUAUACAGUCCUGCUUUUUUUUCUUUAAUGCUUCAUUCUUACUAUUCUGCUUAUAAAUCCUGAAAGGAUUUUUUUCUUUGGUGCAGUGGCAUGGCAGUUUCUCUGUUGGGCCUGAACUGUAUAACCUGUGAUUUUGGCUGACUUCACACAUCCCACCCCUUUUCCCCAAAUCAGUAUCCCAGAUUUUAAAUUCCACCAUUAAAUUAAAAGUUAAAUUUUAAAUUCAGCAUUGUUCUGGAGAGAUGAGACCAUUCAAACACCAGCUUCACCACCAGGAUGCAUGGCCUUUCUCUCCUGCUUAGGAAGCUUGGAAAAAAUUGAGUGAAAACAUCAAUUUCCAGAUUGACAGUCUAAAGUAAACCCACGCUUUAUUGUAAUAUAACUUCAGAUAUGAUUCUGACAAGUGACAUUUUCAAGUUACGACCUAUUUACUAUCCAAGUACAAUUUUAUAACAUUUGGUAUAUGCCUCUUCCUUUCAUCUUAAUCUCUGAUCUAAUGGACUUCUAAAGAAGUAAGAGGAAGUUGUCAUUUCCAUUCCAGUUCCGCUUUCUUUGUUUUUUAAUUAAGGAAACUCUGUUGCUUCCCACAAAUCCUUUGGAGACUGACAGAGCCACAUAGCUCAUCCCCAAGAGGGAACAGUUUGUGGAUAUCUUACUAACAACCUAGAGAGCUGUUCUUCUGUUACUCCUCUAAACCCCUAGCUUAAAAGUUGAAGCUUAUGGUGAGAACCAGUAAGAGGUUGGAUAGUAAUACUGUAAAAGCAGAUGAGAAAGAGUCUGUUCCAAUUCUGCCAUCCCAUUUAGCUUAAAAUGAACUAUUUGUUGGAAGUGGGUUUUUGGGGUUUUUUUGUUCUUGGUUGUGUAUUGUUCUUUUUUCCCAUUUUCCCAGCAGCCUGGGAAAACAGAAGUCAAAUUUACAGUGCUCCCUCAGAAUAUUUUCAUAGCCAAUGCAAUUUUAAAUUAGUCUCAAGAUUCAGAAAAGAAUAUUUUCACUGUCUAGAUAGUCAACAAAGGUCUUUACAACCGCCUUCCUCAUUUUAAAGUGUUAUACAUCUGCUGCUAUUUCCAUUUUUCAGAAUUUCUGCUCCCUUUUCAUUUCCUCCUCACCCUAGCUAAGAAGAGCACCCUACUCAUGAAACUCCUUGGAUGCUUCAAGUUUGGGUUUGGACAAUCAGUCCUUUGACUUCUUUUGCUUCUAACAUUCUUGUGGUCCACAAUCACCACCACCCCAACUUUGAUUUGGUCUUUAAAGGGAUCAGGGAAAUUGUUUUAGAGUACAUUUGUCUGGGUCAGUUUGGUCUGUUGUAUCUAUUUUGAAAAAAAGAUUCUAGAAAGAAAUCUGUUAACUUUUCUGGUCUAUGUUUAAAGUGUUGUGCCUAUUCUCCAGGUCUCUCUUAGGUAGGUCAGAAAAAUGUUUUCAUACAAGAUACACUCUUUGUACCAAGUGAUUGUACUUACCAUGGGAAACGGCACGGACUGUGGAUUAUUAUAUUAUUAUUUUUAAUGGAUUUUUAAAGUAAUUUAUAUUAAGUAUGCUGAGUAUAAAUUAAAACAACAAAGUAUGUAUUGUCAUACUCUAUAAAUUUUACCUGUUUAAAAAUAAAGAAAAAAAUAUAUAUAUAUGUACAUACACACACACACACAUACACACACAUACAAAAAAUUAUUUGCCUUGGCCACAGAGCUCGAUUAUGUUCAUGAUGCAGUCCACAGGCACUUUCUGAUUCCAUGUCAGUAGAUUUUCCUUUGGGGAACAAGGCCAAUGUGUAAAGUGCAACUUCUGUCAUUUCUUAAAUAUAUGCUGUAUGGCUGUACAAAACCAGCUUUAUGAACAAGUAACUCCUGGCUUAUUAAAGAACAAAGCUUAACAAAGCAA